AUGCGCCUCACUGCUCCACAUUUUUGCCUCACCUGUCUCUCGCUGGAAGUCAACCAUAUUCCUUACUCACGUCUGCCGCGUACAAAAAACAAACGUGUGCUUGUUGUGCUUGACAGGGCAGAUGCAGAUCUGAAGUUGCUCUCAUCCAAGCAACUACCCAGAGAUGCCUUCAAGAACAAGGUGGUCUGGAUCACAGGGGCCAGCCAGGGACUUGGAGAGCAGCUAGCCCUCACCUUUGCAGAGCAUGGUGCCCGGCUGAUACUCUCCGCUCGCAAUAAAGAUCGGCUAGAGCAAGUCGGGACAGCCUGCAAGGAGGCAUAUGGCACAGAAGUGGAGGUGCUGCCUUUGGAUGUCUGCGCGCCCUUCGCAGACCUCCAGGGCGCCGCAGCCAAGGCCGAUGAUGUCUUUGAUGGGGCAGGCGUCGAUUACUUCAUACACAAUGCAGGUGCAAGCCAGCAUGCCGCCGUGGAGGACACCACAACAGAAGUGGCUGAGAAGAUGUUUGAGCUCAACGUGCUUGGGCCUAUAGCGCUGACACGCGCUGCUUUGCCCUUCUUGCUCUCAAGGGGGCACUGCAGAAUAGUGGUGGUGUCCUCAAUGGCAGCGGUGGUGCCAGCACCGGGGCAGGCCAUGUACUCUGCCACCAAGCUCGCCAUGCAUGGCUACUUCUCCACCCUGCAAGCUGAGCUCAAUGACAGGCGCGCACCUCUGAAUCUUUCCUGCCCAGGGCCCAUCGCAACGGGCACGGAAGGAACGCCGCGCAAUGUGUUCUCAGCGCAGGUGCUGACAAAGCCCGUCCACCUCAGCACUCACGAGGAGCGCGGUGGCGCGAAGAAGCGGCUGAGCCCGCCGCGGGUUGCUGAGCUGAUUGCGCGCGCCGCAUACAACCGCGCUGAUGUGGCAUGGAUUGCCCGGCACCCCGUCCUGCUGCUGGGUUACUUGUGCCAGUACUGGCCGACGCUGGGCAUCUGGAUUAUGAAGAAGAUUGGGCCAUUGCGCGCAGCACAGCUCAAGAGCGGCGGCAGCGGCUAUGACAUCAAGAGCAUGCUUUUUGGGACUGGACGAGUCAAGUCAGACUAG